AUGGAGAAAGGAAAACGCACGUGGAGUCCAGCUGGUCGUAGGGCGGCACGCCGGCUGCCAUUGAGACUCGUCAACCGUAUCCUCGUCAUCACGGCCAUCGUUGGCCUCUUUCACCUCGGCGACCUCCACGUCACGUUCCGAAGUGCCAUCCAGGCCAAAUACAGCCCCACCCAAUUUUCAUCUCUGACCUCGGACGAAGAGGUCCUCCUCGCGCGCCAGGGCUGGCAAGCAGAAGCCGUCGAGAACACCGACAGGGCCAGGUUUCUCUCGAAUCGACCGCGCUGGAAACACCUGGGAGGCGGCCAUGAAGGCGACGUCUACCUCUUCAACAACUCCAUCAUCAAGAUCUUCAACGAAGGCAACAGCCCCUUACGCAACUGCGUUCCCGGGGCACAGCAGACGCGCUGGCCCACAGAGAUCCCUGCCACCCUGCUGCUUGGCGGCCACGGUGGCUUGGACCGUGAGAGCCUCAGCAUACACGAAGAAGAGAGCGAUCCCUUCAGCAGCAUGUUCGUCCCCGUUCAGGACUACUUUCUCACCUCGCCCCGCGAUCACGAACCCCCCAAGUGGCAUCUUGUCACCCCCUUUUUGCGGGCUGGCACCGCCGAGAAGCUCGCCCACGACCUGAGCACGGCCCCGGAGCCCUUUGAUCAUCUAGAAAUCGACCGCACAUACCGUCCGGCCUUCAACGCUCUGCUCUCGGCCUUGGCGCACAUGCACACUGCCCACAACCUGUGUCACGACGACGUCAAGCUCGACAAUAUUUUCAUCGCCUCGAGAACAGAUUCCACACGCUGGGUCUUUGCCGACCUGGGCAAUGCCCGUCAGCCGGAUCAUCCGUACCAUGCUUCGGCUUUGUGGACAGCAGAUACGGAUCAGCACAGAGACUGUCGGAUCAACGAUGCCGUGCGUCUUACCAAGUCGUAUCUGCAGUUUGUGCGCGGUGCCGCCGCUGACCGCGCUGCUUUCGACGAAGCCUUCUUUCGGGGCGAGGCGCCCCUCAGCAGGCUCUAUUGGAGCGUCGUCGGGGAGCCACCGGCGAAGGCGGCCGUGGGCGUUCGGGAGAGGUCGGUCAUGUACGCGCCAGAACGCGGCGGCCGUGGAGGUCUCACGGACGCUUCGGAUCGGAGCAAAAGAGAGGCUGGGACGCGUGUUCGGGAUGACGGGGCUCUUGGGGGUUCCAAAAUCUGGGUGCGCUUGAAGGGGUGA